AUGGAGUAUAUAUAGAUUAAUGCUGAAGGUGCUGAAAACUAUAGUUCAAAGGAUAUGUCACCUGAAAGUACAACAAGACCUUUAAAUAAUAAUACUCAAUAUGGAAAAUAUGUGAUCAUUGCAAAAAUGAUAUUUUUAGAGCCUCGUUGUAAUAAUUUAUAGGAUUAUUUAUAAAAGGGCCAUUAUUUGGAAGUACUUUAAUUGGAUUAAUUAUAUUUGAUUAUAAUAAUGAGAGAAUAAAACUUUAGGUCAUGAUAUAAGUUUUGCAAUAAUUAUUACUAUUGCACAAUCAGUAUUUUAUUUUGGUGUUGGAUUAGCUAAUCCUGGUAUUGCAAAUGAUUCAUCUCUUAAUGAAAAAUAUAUUGGAUAAUUGUACUCUUUAUCAAAUAAACCAUAAUAAAGAAAUGUAUGGUAUUGUGAAAAAUGUUAAAAAAUAUAACCAGCUAGAUCUGCUCAUUGCCCAUUUUGUAUGAUUCGUAUAAAAAAAUCAUGAUCAUCAUUGUCUUUGGACAGGAAAAUGUAUAGGAGGGGAGAAUCUAUUUCAUUUCUGGCCAUUUCUUCUCUCAACUAUUAUUUUCUUUACUUAUUUUAUUACGAUAAUGCUAAAUUAAAGAAAGGAAG